GGAAUGCCAAUCAUCUUCACAACUAUCUUCGCCUAUACUUGUGCCCAACUUCGUCUCUGAUCAAUUCCAUCAACUGCGGGUCUAUCCUCAUGCCCCUGGCCGGCACAGCCCAGCAUGGGAGGCUGGUGAGUCACCGGCCAAUAUUCCCAGGUAAUUAGCUGGGCUUCAUAUGAAUUGAUUCAGUGUGAUUCACCAUAGCUGCUGGGAGUCACCCGCCGCAGUUGCUAGGCGUAAUUUCAAUUGAGCUUUGUCUGAUACUGCAGAGGAAGUUGUAUUUUAAUAAGAUCCCCAAUCAUCCCCAUUCUCUGAGAGUGGUCAUAGACAGUUUCUGUCUGCCAGCAAGCGUUGUCUUUUCUCAUUGCUUCUUAAUUCAAGACUUCAUUACAAGCUGCCAUCGCAAGGCAAACGGACUGCAUAGCACGUCCACCAACUACCUCAUCAAAUCCGAAGAAGCUCACCUCAGGAUCAACAAACAACGAAACCACGCCAUGGCAGCUGCCGAGACUUUUUCAGACUCUGGAGCUAUCUCCAUCAACUCACACGACACGGCUCUAUGCUUCAUUCCUGAUCAAGAUGAUUGGCCGUCCAUUGAUCGAUUUCGGGCCCUCUACGACAAGGCAUAUGGGAACUGGCCGCCGCAUGUUAACCUAGUCUACCCGUUUGUCCGCCCGGAUAGUCUGUAUCGGGCAGCCAAGCUUAUCCAAGACGGACUGCAGCGUUGGAAAGAGGAGAGGGGAGAACCGUCGGUGCACAUUUCGUUGAACGCCGCCGAUGUCUUUACUCGUAGGCAUGAUAACACGCUCUUCCGAUGCGACAGCGAUAGCGAACGUACAUCCGAGAUCAACAAGUUGCGGCGGACUAUCCUGCAGUCGUUGGGACAUCCCGAGGGAAAUUAUCGUUUGCACAUGACUGUUGCCCAGAGCGAGGAUGUCAACUCAAGCGCCCACAAGUUCCUGCUGAACAAAAUCGGCCUCAUGCCCACUCUACAGUGGGAUGCCGGCACAAUAUGCGUCCUCGUCCGGGAACGGAUGCAGAUAGACGGCAGUGCGGUGAGCCGGAUGAAACUAUGGGGCAUAAUCAACCUGUCCACGGGCUGCUCCCUCACACGCCACGCGGAGCCUCGAGGUUUCUACGAGACGGGAUGGGCAGCUUCAUCUUCGAGUAAUGGGGGCGAGGCUGGAGAGAGAGACCAGCUCCAGACCAGGCCCCCUUAUUAUCUCGACGACGAGACCAGGUUGUGGCAGCCGUUUUCCUCUUCGAAGCUGGAUUCCACUGAACCGCCCAAGGAGCUCGUUGUCUCCAGCUACAAUGUCCUGGGUGAGUUCUCCUGGCCACCUUCGCAGGCCAGGUACCCCCUUAUCAUCAAGAACAUCCUCUCGGCGCAGGCAUCGGCCGACGUACUAGUGCUUCAGGAAGCGACCGACGAUUUCCUGUCCUACCUCCUCAAGGACGAGGGUGUCCGCAAGCUGUAUCCUUUCACGUCUCACGGACCUCCCGACCAAGCCGACAUCGAGCCGCUCCCGAGCCACCUCAAUAUCCUCGUCCUGAGCAGGUGGGCGUUCGACUGGGAAUGGGUGUCCUUCCGCCGAAAACACAAGGCCUCCAUCGUUGCCAGGUUCAAGGACAUCGGGAAGUGGGAGGGCCAGGUGUUCUUGCCCACCGUCCUCGCAGCCGUUCAUCUGACCUGUGGCUUGACGGACGGCGCCAUAGCUGACAAGAAGAUUGACGUCCAGAGGAUUCUGAAAUAUCUGUCCAAGUCAUACCCGGAAAACCCAUGGAUCCUCACAGGUGAUUUUAACCUUAGCACGUCCUCCUUCUCAAUCGACGGGGCCUUGAGGAAGAAGGCGAUCUCGGCUCACAGCGCCGGCGUCCUAGCCGGCUUCGAGCACAUGUUCUCGCAGGCGAAACUUGCCGACGCCUGGGCUGUAUCUCGGCUUGAGGACGGCGACCACUCCGGCGGGGAGCAGGGCCAGGUCCAGAACCAGGGAUUGGCCCAGGACGUCGUCGACGGCGAGCAAGGCGCGACGUACGACCCGACCGUCAACGAGGUGGCGGCGGGUAUCGUCGGAAGCGGCUACAACAUGCGCCCGCAGAGAUACGACAGGAUUCUCGUGCGGGGAGAGGGCGCCCUGGCCAUUUCGCGCUUCAACAGGUUCGGCUUUCUCAAGGAGAGAAUCAGCAGCGACGAGGGCGCCGAGCCCACCUAUGCCAGCGAUCACUGGGGGGUCCGCUGCGUCAUGACGGUCCGACCCGCCGAGUUGGAUCGGCUCUCCGACGAGGUCAGCAGCCUGGUCGUCCCGGUGCACCCGAUGCCUGCCUUGGGACGACUUUCGGGCGAUGGGGCUGUAGAGGACUGCCUCGAGGAACUCGGCCUCUUCCCGUCCGAGGAAGAGGUUGAGAAGCGACAGUCGGUGCUCGAUCUCCUAAAGCGAGUCUUGCUCGAGACGCAAGGGGGGGGGUCAGGGGACAACCCUUCCUAUUCCAAGUCACGAGCAUCCGUCAUUAUUGUCCCCGUCGGUUCGUACGGACUGGGCGUUUGGACCACAUCAUCGGAUAUCGACUGCCUCUGCAUCGGGCCAUUCAGCGCCAAGACGUUCUUCGCUCUCGCAAGCCAACGGCUGAGGAAAGCAAGCGGCGGAGGAGUCAAAGUCCUGCGAAGAGUCAGGGCGAACACCGGCACGAUGCUGGAGCUUGAAAUCCUGGGAAUCAAGGUGGAUCUGCAGUACUGCCCCGCGACCUCCAUCGCCGAGAACUGGCCCCAUGCCUUGAAGCUGCCCCUCUCGAACCCCAUCUGGAGCCUGCCGGUCCCGACCUUGUCCAAGCUCAAGGCCAUCCGCGACCUUGACUACCUCCGGCGGUCUGUCCCGGACCUAGACAAGUUCCGCGUCGCCCACCGGCUGAUCCGGGCCUGGGCCGUGUCACGGGGCAUCUUCUCUGCCAAGUUCGGCUUCCUCGGCGGCUUCCACAUCUCGAUCCUGCUCGCCCGCGUCUACAAGCUGCUCGCCCACGACGCCGGCUCCGCGGCCUCUCCCGCCCUCCCCGUCAUCCUCGCCACCUUCUUCAACCACUACGCCUCCUUCGACUGGAAGAGCAAAAUGGCCUUCGACCCCUUCUUCCACAGGCAGCGCCUCCCCUACACCCGCACGGCCCGCGAGCCCCUCGCCAUUCUAGGCUACUUCCCCCCGAGCCUCAACACGGCCCACGCCGCCUCGGCGCUGACCGUGCGCACCAUCGCCGAGGAGUUCAAGCUAGCCGACGAGCGCAUCCGCCGCUCCCCCCGGGGCGGGACGUGGACGCAGUUCCUCCGCGACGGCGGGGGCGGCGGGGGCGGCGGGGGCGGCGUGGCCGACUUCCUUGCCUCCUACGGGACCUACGUCCGCGUCGACCUGCAGUACUGGGGCGCAUCCCUCUCCAGGGGGAUCCAGCUCGCCGGCUGGCUCGAGAGCCGCCUCGUUAUGCUCCUCGUCGACCUCCACCGCCGCCUGCCGGCCGUCCACGCGCGCAUCUGGCCCGCGCGCUUCGUCAGGGAGUCCGCCUCCGCCGCCGCAGCGGGGGAACAACAACACCAACAAGAACAACAGCAGCAGCAUCAGGAAUCUGCCGAAGCGGCCGGCUCCUGCGAGUACCAGGGCCACUACCUGAUCGGGCUCGACCGGGCCGGCGGGGACGUACAACCAAGGAUCUCCACCACCACCGCCGCCGCCGCCGACGUGGAGGGGGAGGGGGAGCUGCGGUCCGUCCUGCGGCGGUUCGAGGAGCAGAUCCGCGGCGACGCGCGAUACUUUGACGCCCGCAGCUGCUGGGUCGGUGCCGACCUCGUGGAGAGGGGCAACUUGGACGAGGACAUGGUCGUCGACGCGCGCGAGUGGGGUGAGUACGCGCCCGGGGAGGAGGAGACGGAUGACGACGAUGACAAUGACGAGGAGGGGGAGGAGGAGGAGGAGGAAGAGGAUCGGAUUUGGGGGACGGAAGGAGAAGAGGGGGACGGCGAUGACGACUACGCGAGGAGAAAGAAGAACAAGAAGAACAAGGGCAGGAAGGGUGCGCAGACGCCGCCGCCCCUCCCGAGGAUGGAGCCCGGGAAGAAGCUCCGCACGGCCGCGGACGUGAUGAACCGGCUGAGGUGGGACCCGGGCCUGGACAGCGGCGACUACGUCGUCGGGUACGAGGACCGUUUCGUCGGGGCGCAGGAGAAGGCGCUCGACGCCUGGCGAACCGAGCAGACGGACGAGGAGUUCAUCCCCCAGCACCGGAUCCUCUACUUCAAGCGCAAGACCGACGGCGUCCUUGUGUGGGAGAAGCGGACGAGGAAGGACGACGUGUUUGGGAGUGGGAUAUAGAUGGACGGGGGGGACUGAUUGUAUAUAUAUGUGUGUGUAUUGUAUGACGUAUAUGCAUAUUUGUGUAUACAUAGAUACACCAGAGAACAUCAUCCUCGCGUCCCACCUUGGAUCCCCACGUUCCAUACUUAUCAUGUCUCGAGCACCGAUAGCCCAUCGUCUCCAUUCUGGAAGGCCAGUUGCUGCCUCAAGAUCCGGGCCACUAUCCCCUUGCAAGUCGAACCCUUCGGUCAACAGCCUGGUGCACACAAAGAGAGAGAAAGACCUUUGACCGAACCGGGGGUAUCACAUCGUAUUUCGUCGAGACUGGAUGUAUCCUUUACAUCUUGUGUGUUCAUCACCCUCAAUCAGC